AUGGAACAAAUGUCCAAAUAUUUCAACAAGGAGAAAGGGAAAAAAAUACAAAUAAAGUAUGAACACAAAUACAGUGAUGAUAGUAACACCAAUUGGAUAAAGGAGGAAAAAAAAAUCUACACAAAAAAAAAACACAACCUUGAAAAGGAAAAUAUAGAAAUUUAUCAAAAUGAGCAGCUAGCCAAGAAGCUAAGUACAAAUGUCAUGCAGGAGGAACAAAGGAACUACACCGCCAGAAGGCUAAAGGUAAAAAAGAAUGAAUUAAAAAAAGUUAAUAAUGAAUUUAGAAUGAAGUCAAUUAAGAUAAAGAGAGAAGAAGCACAUAACGGAAGAGAAGAUCAUCAAAAAUGUAGUAAGGGGACAAGAGGGACUAGUGUGAAACGUGAAAAUUAUAAGGUGGAGAGUGAUAUUAUGAAUAAUGCUAACACUCAGAAUGGCGAUGAGAGGGAAUUAAAGCAGCACUUCCUACAUACGUACUACAAAAUAAAAGAAAUGCGAAAAGAUAUUGUGGCACCUGUGGAUAAGUACGGGUGCCACAUGUUAAGUGAAAAGACGGAAAAUGAAAAGGUAUAUCGAUUCCAAACAUUAGUCUCAUGUAUGUUAUCUUCAAGGACGAAAGAUGAAGUUACUGCAGUGGCAAUGGGCAGGUUGAAAAAGCACGGGCUGACUGUUCAUAAUAUUGUAAAUACAUCAGAAGAAAAAUUAAAAAAAUUAAUAUAUGGUGUUGGCUUUUAUAACACUAAAGCAAAACAACUUAUUCAAAUUUGUCAUAUUUUGAAACAAAAAUACAAUUUCGAUAUACCACAUACAUAUGAAGAAUUAAUAAAACUUCCAGGAAUAGGGGAAAAGGUUGCUCAUCUUAUUUUACAAACAGCCCUAAAUAAACAUGAAGGAAUAGCAGUAGAUAUACAUGUACACAGAAUUGCCAACAGAUUAAAUUGGGUAAAUACAAAAAAUGAGGCUAAUACACAAAUCAAGUUAAAAAAUUAUGUACCAAAAGAUUUAUGGUCUGAAUUAAAUGGUCUUAUGGUUGGUUUUGGCCAAGUAAUAUGUAAAGCGAAAAAUCCCCUCUGUGGUAAGUGCACACUGGUUGAUUAUUGUCAGUAUUACAAAGAUAGUCAAAAUGGAAGUACUCCUACUAGAGGAGGAGGUGGUACCGGUCUUCCCAAUUAA